AUGUUUGAUGCCCACGAGAACCAUUGGAACAUCGAGAUAUGGAAGAUCAAGAAGCUGAUCAAGGACCUUGACGCUGCCCAAGGGAACGGGACCAGCAUAAUCUCGCUUAUUAUUCCUCCCGGGGACCAGAUCUCCCGUGUCACGAAGAUGCUCCAAGAUGAGUACGAGACAGCCACGAAGAGCCAGAGUCCAGCGAAUCUUCUCGGAGCCAUAACUUCCACCCAACAGAGGCUCGAGCUUUACGGCGAGGUUCCCCACAAUGGCCUCGUCCUCAAUGCUGGAACGGUUCUGACCGAGGAUGGGAUAGAGAAGAACGUGAACAUUGAUUUUGAGCCCUUUAAGCCCAUCAAUGCAUCGCUGUUUCUGCGUGAUAGCAAGUUCCACACCAAGGCCCUGUUUGAAUUGCUGUCGUCUGACCAUAAGUUUGGGUUCAUUAUAAUGGAUGGGAACGGUACUACUCUCUUCAGGACCCUGAGUGGCAACUCCCCGAAAGUGCUUCACAAGUUCAGCGUGGAAGAUCCCUCAAGGAAGCGCGACCGAGAAGGGCAGUCCGCCCUCCCAUUCGCGGGUUUGGGAUUGGAAAAAUGCAACAAUUAUUUCCGUAAAACAGCUGAGCUGGCGACGCAGUUUUUCAUCGACCCCUCAACUGGCCAGCCUGAGGUGACAGGCCUGUUCCUUCUGGGGGCCGCUGGCUUCAAGGUUGGGCUGAGUGACAUAUGCAUGUUCGACCCUCGCCUAGGAGCAAAGAUCCUUGAUAUUUAUCGUACCAGAUCUGGAGAGGAGUACGCGUUCGAUGUGGCCAUUCGCCUUUCUUUAGAGACCAUUAACAUUGUGAACACCAUACCCGAGAGAAAGUUAUUGGGGAAGUACUCUGAGGAGAUACGUCAAGAUCCGCGAAGAUGUGUUUCCGAGGUGGACAAAACACUCGAAGCUCUUGAGAUGGGUGCCAUCGAGAUACUCAUUGUCUUGGAUUUCCUUGCCAUCGACCGCUACCCUGACUUGAAGAACACCUCAACAGGUGAGGUUCUGGUCAAAUACCUGAACCGGUACGAGGAGCGCGACAAGGACAACCUUUGUGAUUCAGCCACCUCAGGGGGGCUGGUGGUUCAGGAGAAGAUGUCCUUGGUGGAUUGGCUUGCAAAUGAGCAUGAGAGGUUUGGGCGUGUACUCAGGUUUGUGAUCGACACAAUUGGUCCAGGAUUUCUGUUUGGGGAAGCAGUUCGGGGUAUUGCGGGUCUCCUCCGCUACCAACUCGAGGUUACCACUAUAGAAAGUGACGAUUCUGAUGCUCUUCCUAUAAAUAAAGCAUCGAUUGAAGAAAGUUUGAACUUAUAUUUCGUUGUUUCAUCAAAUCUUAAAAAGGAUUAUUAUUGA